AUGUUUCGGUAUGAGCAGCUCGUUUUUGUUCUUUUCAUACACUUUUCAAAAAUUUUAAUCGUUUUGAAUACCACACAAUUGCAGCGAAUUGAAUUCAGUUCCGAAGGGGAGAAAUUUUUUGAAACAGAUAUUCGAGUUAAAAAGUUUAACCGUACAGUAGCCGUUUUGGAUGGAACCCUCAACCUUACCAAGGAUAUUGAUAACUCGUAUAAGGGAAUGCUGAAAUUUUCCUAUAGUGUCCUGGGAAACAAUCAAUUCAACGACUAUCCCCUAAAGUGGCCGCAAGCACCCGUUUGUGAUUUUCUGAAAAAUUCCUACCGCGAUUAUCAAUGGAUGGUGAAAAAUUGUUCCAAUUUCCCGGAAGUGCCUCAGGACGGUGAACUGUGUCCAUUCCCAAAGGGUGAUUAUUGGAUCAAAAAUUUCCACAGAGUCGAUAUGGAGAUGUGGAACUUCAUUCCCGACGGACUGUGGCGGAUAACGUUUAAGUUGAGCGGACCGGGGAAGGUUCAGGGCAAAAUUGAUGCGUUCGUCGUCUUGCGCAAAGGCGAUCCAUGGUCCAGACCUUCGCAGAAUAAAAAUGAAACUUCUUCCUAA